CGUUAAAACCUGUUACACAUACACACAACACAAAGCUGUGAACUAAACAACAUUCCUCAAUUUCUCCGCCCAAUCUGUGUUUUUUUCCAAUCCCAUUGCAUUGUAUUUGCCUCUUCUUCCUCUUCUAUAUAGUUUCUCGCAACUCUUUCUUUCCUCUGUUCAUUGCAUUUCCACCCUUGUUGCUUGCCAAACUUCGAUCUCCUCGGUGACUGUUUCAAUCAAUGGCGACCCUUUUCCAGGGAGUAGGAGCUGCCACUGCAUUCUCCGCCUCCAACAAAUUGCACCUCCCAUCUCGUGGAUCCCUCUCAGAAAGCAAAGGUAGCAUAUUUGUUGUCAGAUCUGAUGCAUGGAUGAACAACCUCCUCAACCUAGAAGCUCGACAGCCUCAGCGAUUGAUUACUAGUGCAGUUGCAACGAAAGCAGACAGUUCCGCAUCAACGAAAACUGGGCAUGAACUUCUUCUUUUUGAAGCCUUACGUGAAGGUUUGGAAGAAGAAAUGGAAAGGGAUCCCCGAGUAUGCGUCAUGGGUGAAGAUGUAGGUGAUUAUGGUGGGUCUUACAAGGUGACUAAAGGCCUAGCCCCUAAGUUUGGAGACCUCAGGGUUUUGGACACCCCUAUUGCUGAAAAUGCCUUCACAGGCAUGGGCAUUGGGGCUGCCAUGACUGGUCUGAGGCCAAUUAUUGAGGGCAUGAACAUGGGAUUUCUGCUUCUUGCAUUUAACCAGAUCUCUAACAACUGUGGCAUGCUCCACUACACAUCUGGAGGCCAGUUUAAGAUACCGGUUGUUAUUCGUGGACCUGGUGGAGUCGGGCGGCAACUUGGGGCUGAGCACUCGCAGCGACUGGAGUCAUAUUUUCAGUCAAUCCCUGGAAUCCAGAUGGUGGCUUGCUCAACCCCUUACAAUGCUAAGGGCCUGAUGAAAGCUGCAAUCCGAAGUGAGAACCCUGUGAUACUUUUUGAGCAUGUAUUGCUUUAUAACCUCAAGGAGAGAAUCCCAGAUGAAGAGUAUGUAUUGUCACUUGAAGAAGCUGAGAUGGUUAGGCCUGGGGAACAUAUCACAAUUUUAACCUAUUCCAGAAUGAGGUAUCAUGUAAUGCAAGCUGCAAAGACACUGGUGAACAAAGGGUAUGAUCCUGAGGUGAUUGACAUCAGGUCUUUGAAACCAUUUGACCUUCACACAAUAGGGAAUUCAGUGAAGAAAACUCAUCGUGUGCUGAUUGUGGAAGAGUGCAUGCGUACUGGUGGAAUUGGUGCUAGCCUUACAGCUGCUAUCACUGAAAAUUUCAAUGACUAUUUGGAUGCUCCUGUUGUGUGUUUAUCCUCUCAGGAUGUGCCAACCCCAUACACAGGGCCAUUGGAGGAAUGGACAGUGGUGCAACCUGCUCAGAUUGUGACAGCAGUUGAGCAGCUAUGCCAGUAAUUGUUCAAAAUAUCACCUCCAAUAAGGACAUGGUUCUGUUCAACCUACUAUAGCUAGAACUUCCUUUACAAUUUUCUCUCUUCUUCCUUCUCUUUCACUUCUUGGUCCCCUCACUAUAAAUGUUUUGGAUAUCCUUUGUAAUGUUUUUACAAAAUAUUUACAAUUUGUCAACACAAUGUGGGAUCGUAGUCUCAAUCCAUUUGUCUUUAUGAAUCAGUUUGUUUCAUUUUCA